GUGUCUCUUUCUGCCUCGCGCUCUCUGCCUCCGUCUCCCGCCGGCUGAGCCGCACCGCUCGCGGGCUCGGCCGCGGCCCCCGUCGCCUCCCCGGAGCUCGAGCACCCGGCGCCGCCGCCAUGGGCAUUAAGUUUCUGGAAGUCAUCAAGCCCUUCUGCGUCAUCCUCCCCGAGAUCCAGAAGCCCGAAAGGAAGAUCCAGUUUAAGGAGAAGGUGUUAUGGACUGCUAUCACGCUCUUUAUCUUCUUAGUAUGUUGCCAGAUUCCCCUGUUUGGUAUCAUGUCAUCAGAUUCAGCUGAUCCUUUCUAUUGGAUGAGAGUGAUCUUGGCCUCUAAUAGAGGCACGCUGAUGGAGCUGGGGAUAUCUCCCAUUGUUACCUCUGGCCUCAUCAUGCAGCUUCUGGCUGGGGCGAAGAUCAUUGAAGUGGGUGACACCCCGAAAGACCGUGCUCUUUUCAAUGGCGCCCAGAAGUUGUUCGGCAUGAUCAUUACCAUUGGCCAGUCUAUUGUGUAUGUAAUGACUGGGAUGUAUGGAGACCCCUCUGAAAUGGGUGCUGGGAUCUGCCUCCUGAUCACCAUUCAGCUCUUUGUUGCUGGAUUAAUUGUCCUGCUUUUGGAUGAGCUCCUGCAGAAAGGUUAUGGUCUUGGUUCUGGUAUCUCUCUCUUCAUUGCUACCAACAUCUGUGAGACCAUUGUGUGGAAAGCAUUCAGUCCUACCACCGUCAACACUGGCCGAGGUAUGGAAUUUGAAGGGGCCAUCAUUGCAUUGUUCCAUCUGCUGGCUACACGAACAGAUAAAGUUCGGGCCCUUCGAGAAGCUUUCUACCGCCAAAACCUCCCCAACCUCAUGAAUCUGAUCGCCACCAUCUUUGUAUUUGCAGUCGUUAUCUAUUUUCAGGGCUUCAGAGUUGACCUGCCCAUCAAAUCAGCACGUUACCGUGGUCAGUACAACACCUAUCCCAUCAAGCUUUUCUACACUUCCAACAUUCCCAUCAUCCUUCAGUCUGCUCUAGUAUCUAAUCUGUACGUCAUUUCCCAGAUGUUGUCCGCUCGCUUCAGUGGCAACUUAUUGGUUAGCCUCUUGGGCACCUGGUCUGAUACUUCUUCUGGGGGACCAGCUCGUGCUUAUCCAGUUGGUGGCCUUUGCUAUUACCUGUCACCCCCAGAAUCCUUUGGCUCUGUGUUGGAAGACCCUGUGCAUGCAGUUGUAUACAUAGUAUUCAUGCUGGGUUCAUGCGCAUUCUUUUCCAAAACAUGGAUUGAAGUCUCAGGCUCCUCAGCCAAAGAUGUUGCAAAACAGCUAAAGGAACAGCAGAUGGUGAUGAGAGGUCACAGAGAAACUUCCAUGGUCCAUGAACUAAAUAGAUACAUUCCCACAGCUGCUGCGUUUGGUGGACUGUGCAUUGGGGCCCUCUCAGUCCUGGCAGAUUUCCUUGGAGCUAUUGGAUCUGGAACAGGAAUCCUGCUUGCCGUCACCAUCAUUUACCAAUACUUUGAAAUUUUUGUCAAGGAACAGAGUGAAGUUGGCAGCAUGGGGGCUCUCUUGUUUUAAACUUUGCCUCUUCAUGGACCUAGAAGAGGGAGCGAGUUCUUGAAUUGUCCAAGAAGAGAAAAGAAAUAACCAAAAUCUUGUUACAAGAGCUCUUAAUUGAAGGAGAGUCACAUAUGCCAUGGUAUAAGAACUUUUGUUUAAUAUUCUUUCAUUCCAACUUUUUUGUAUCAUAUGUGCACUUUUUAAAGUGCUAGAAAAUGUCAAGAAUCUUGUUUUUAGUCCUGGCAUUAGCGAAAAUAACUGUAGAAAUGGAAUUUUCUUUAUUUGACAUUUGUCCCCUGAACUUAAUUGAUGUAAAUGAUGAACAGUUUUCCAAAGUAUCAUCACUUUUUUAAAGAAUUCUUAUGCCUUGAGUUUGUGUCUUCUCAGCACUGACUGUUGCUGUACUAGUCACAAUUUCUACCACCCAGAGGGACCUGUGAAUCUGGUUAUAAGCACAAACAUCACUAAAACUUAUCCACUUCAUACUAGGAGUGGGUGGGAGAAAUAUGACUUUAAAUUCAGGUGGAUAAAAAGAAGCAUUCAUUAAAUUGAAAUUUUAUCAGAGGGUGUCUCUUAAAUGACCUGAACAUUCAGUAAUACCUGAUGAAAGGUAUCACAUUAGCCUAAGACUUUCCAGAUAGAAUAAUAUUUUUUUUUCCUUUUUAAAAGGAAUCUAAUCAGGGUAGCCUAGGUUUUCCAAGGGAAGAGAAGAAUAGCUUGCCUAAGACUGAAAAAUGUAAGCAACCACAUUGUAAAGCCCGGUAAGUGGCUCUCUCUCUGGUUGUCAUCACCGUUGGCUACCCUAAUUGAUCUAUGAGGACUAAAAUGACAGAAACUGCAUGUCCUUGCUUCCUCCAUGCUCAAUUACUUUUGCCUUUGAGAAGUCCAGAGUUCCUCUGCUUUAAGAAGUUGAGCCUAGCUGGACAAAGCAGUCAGUUUCUGUCUCUCUGGAGAUAUAUUGAAAACUACUUUUUCUAGAAUAGCCUUCCUAGCUCAGAGCUGUGCCUGAGAACCCUCUAAGUGGCAUUUACAUAUCUGAUCCUGAUGCUUCCAAUUUAGAGUUCCAGUCAUCUCAUCAUUUUCCCCUGAGUCUUCCAACUUGCCCCUUUCACCCCCUACCCCCUCAAAAAAUGUUUCCAAAAAGGAAAUAUUUCAGGAGGUAAUUAGGCAUAGAAGGACAGUCACCCAAUUUUCAUAGCCAGUUCAAUCAUACAUAUUAUUUUAUAGGAAAAUUAAAACAUUACCCUACUUGUAUUUUUAGACCUUUUUUAAAAAAAAAAAAAAAGUUGUACAUAGGACCAAAUACAAGCAGUGUGAAUGAAAAGAAACCAGGAAAUUAGGUUCUAUAAUAAACCAGUAUUGCCCAUUAUGGGAAAAGGGAUAAACUUAGAACAGGUAGUAAGAUCAGGAUUUUGAAAUCUACUUUUUUCAUAUGUUGGUCCAAUAUUAUUUUUUAAGUCUUAAAAAUUAUGUCCAAAAACUGUUUCCGUCCUCAACUACCACAUGGACUGCAGGAAUUAAGACCUUUUCAAAGUUGGGGAUAUUUAAGGAAAGCCUGAGAGAUUAAUGUAGGGCGUACAAGGAAAGGUGUGUUGGCAGAGUUCACUAGUGUCUGUCUAAUUUGUUGAACGAGGAAAUGAGGAAGACUUUGGUGGCACCAGAGAUGAAAGGUUCCUUGGAAGGAGAAUCUGGAAGCAAGGAGAGAACCCAGGACUGGGGUGUGGUGCUUGAGCUGUUAUACAUCCUGCAAAAUGAGAGCAAAGGAACAGUGUCAGUCUAGCGUCAUGGAGAGUGGUGCCCUACCUAAGAUGAAGUGGGCUGAGUAGAAUUUUAGCCCCGAGAUUACAACUGACUGCUUCUAAGUGGGAACUGCCACGUCAGGCAGAAUGCUUUAUAUCAUAGUACAGGGUGUUCCAAAAGUCUCUGUACAGUUUUAAGCUAUUAAAGUUUAACACUUUUAAUAUAAUGAAAGUUUUAAUAUAUUAAAAGUAUUAAAUUUUAAUAGCUUGAAGCUGCACAGAGACUUUUGGAACAUCUUGUAUUUCAACUAGCUGUAAGUCAGGUCUAAUUUCUUCUAGAAAGAGCAAUAUUAGUAUAAACUUGUGUCUAAGAUCUUAGACUCCUUAAGGCUAUCUUUGCCAAAUCAUUUGGAUUUGAUUCAUAGUGGUGGUUGAGUGUUGAAUUGUUGAGAACCCACUGUAGUGUUACAGGCAUCAAAGCCAAAUGGUUGACUUUGAUGGCCCAGAAGUGCAUGGGUAUCUUGGACUUCUAGAACCAGAGCCAACUUUUGCAAUUAUCUAUUCCAUUUUAGAGAAGAAAUUGAGGUUUGAAAAGGUGAUAGGAUUUGCACAAGGUCUCAUUGAAAGUUUGUAGAUCCAGAACAAGAGUCCAAAUCUCCCAAGUUUUCUAGUCCACAGUACCACGUGUGACCACGUCUAGACCCGCUUAGGAACAUAGGAGUGUAUCUGAGACACUGAUCCUUGCCCCUCCUCCACAGACAUUGAGCUUUGCUGACACUGCCUCCUGCUAGAUCACUUUCUUUAUCCCCUUCUCUCUUCCUACUCAGUCCCAUGCUACACAGCAAAAACUGAUCACUGAGGGUGCAGAUGUGGAAUGACAAAUGAGCUGUUCUUCAAACCAAAUAGUUGUUUAGGCUUUUCAUUUGGUUUAAAGCUACUCCUCCAUGUACACAUGAACACCACUGGUACCAUCAACCAUGUGUCCUUGCCAUCUGCAAAUGACAAAGCAUCUUUACUAUCAGUGAUUGCCAAGUCUCCAGAUCUGUGAUGUUGAGGCCUUGUGUAACAGACAGUAUGCAAACUGGGGCCAACACUCAGCCACCUUUGAAGGUUUAUUGAUAAGGUAAAUGAUGGCAUAACGGAGGAAUGGAAACAAGCCAUGAAUAAAGAAAUGUUUUACAAUUCCA